GUAUUGUUAUGCACUAAUGUCGGAAUGAUAACAGGACAGCCUAUUAGGAGAAACAACACAGAUCUACCACUUUACUUCAGUAGAAACUGCAGAAAAUAUCAUGGAAAUCAUUUUCUGAAGGAGGCGAGCUAUCGUCGAUUGUAUUACCGACUAACAGAUCCCCUUCAGCCGGUGUCCUUAGUCCGAGGUCGCUACCUGGCAGACAAUGGUCCACUUGCCCAAUUUUUCAAAGAAAACAAACACAGCAGCCAGAGUCCCGGAUGUAUGUGUCAUGAAAAUAUGAACAGGUGCAUUAGGGACGCUUUAAUGUACACAACACAACAACGAAACAAGCGGCAUGAUGCCUACCUAAACCCUCCAAGCUUGAUCAAACAGGAUAUUACAAACAAACGAUUGCAACUUCCUUACUCAACCAUUAUUGUGAGGUGGCAGCGAAGAAAAGACAUGAACGAUUAUACUCUCCCAGAUCUUAUGGCUGUCCUCUCCCAGUAUGGAACCAUUAGACAUCUGCGCAUGCUCAGUCCUAACAGUGCACUAGUGGUGUUUGAAGAACUUUCUUCAUCAUGUAAUAUAAUGCAGCAUUCAAUUUUAGAAGACUGCAAUAAAUUAUACAGCAAGUGGUGGCACAAGUGUAUGGAAAACAAAUUUGUCUACCUGUCUAAAAGAGGGAUAAAAGUCAUUAAAAACCCAUUCAUCAGUGUUUUAUAGUAAAAGUAAUUAAAUUUUACAAUGCAUGCAUAGCGCGUCGUUGAAGUAUAGGACAAGUUGUAACAACUACUAUGAAAGUUGGUUUCUUUUCCUCUGUAUUUGCAAUAUUAAAAUAAAAAUUGGAUAU